AUGUAUGCACCGGUGUUUAGCCCAAUAAAUCCAAAUUUGACACAACAACAACGUAGUUAUAAGAAUGUAUUAAAUGGUUAUGCAGAAUCGACAACAUUGAGUGAUUUUCAAUUUGAAAAUCAACGACGAACAUUCGAUAGUUUUGGUUAUGCAGCAGAUUCAAGUGUUGGAGAACAUGAUAUAUCACAGAUAGUUGGUGAUCAAACUAGUGCUGAGAUAAAUCAAGGCAUGACUGUUUUUGAAACAAGUAAAAAACGUUCUGGUGAAAAACGAAAAAAAGAAAAGAAUAAUGAUCCUAGUGAUGUCGAAGGUUUUCAUGGUCCAUGGGCUCCAUUUGUCGAUGAAAUUACUGUAUCACGUCCACCUGAAGAAGAACAAAAAGAAAUUGAUGAAUAUUUGGCGAAAAAAUGCAAAGCUAAACGACCUACGUUUGAAGAUCGUAAUGCUCCAGUAUCUGCUCGUGAUCCUGAAUCAACAACAUUAAAUAAAGAAUCUGAAGAUUCAUCAUCAACAACAUUACAUAUUAAAGAUCCAUAUGAUUAUCAAGGUCGAUCAUUUCUUCAUAUACCGCAAGAUGUUGGUGUUAAUCUACGGCAUACAAAAGCUAUACAAAAAGUUCAUUAUUUUCCCAUUUCUGCUCAUCUUUUUCUUACAUGUUCAAUGGAUUGCAAAGUUAAAUUUGAUAUUCGAAGUGGUCAUGUUGUACAAGAAUAUGAUCGACAUUUAGGUGCUAUUAAUACUGUUACAUUUGUUGAUCGAAAUCGUCGUAUUGUUUCAACAUCUGAUGAUAAAAGUAUUCGUGUGUCUGGUUAUGCAUGUGGUCUUGAUUUUUCAUCUGAUAUGUCGUCUUACGUGAUAAGUGGUGAUGCAGAUGGACGUUUAGCCAUUUGGAAUUGGAAAACAACACGUAUAUUUGAAAGAAUUAAAGCACAUGAUGAUGUAUGUAUCGAUGCUAAAUGGCAUUGGCAUGAAAAAUCAAGAGUUCUAACAGCUGGAUGGGACAAUGUUGUAAAACUAUGGGAUUAA